GGGUUCGUCGGCUUGGCGGGGCUUUGGCUGGGGGUCCCGGGCUCAUCCCGGGGGGACCGCGGCCUGCCGGGAGCGCCCCGGGCCUCCUUCGCCGCUGCCUGGGAGGCGAGGGGUGGGCGCGAGGCUGACCCGGGUCUUCGGGCCUGCGAUCGAGGCAGGGCGCAGACGAGCUCCCGCCGGCCGGGCUCCCAGGCCCGGGAGCAGCCUCUCCGGGUCGGGGCCCCCUCCCGCCGUUCUGGUCUGUCGCGGGUCCCGGGGCUGCUCGGAUGAGGGCUUCUGCGUUGCCGGCCGACCGCGUGCCUUAGAUCUUCUUGGGGGGUGGGCACGGAAUUGACCUACUCCCUGUCUGGGCCCAGAGUAUUUUAGAUUGUCCGUUGUAGGUGUCUUGGAAGUGUGUAUGCGUGUCUGUGUUGCUAGUGCGCAGGCAGCUGCGAUCCUCUUUGGCUCUGUGUGUGUGUGUGUGUGUGUGUGCGAUUUCCCUCGCAUUCCAUCUGUGGCUCCAUGUGUUGCUGUAAGCUCCCUGCGUGUGUCUGAUUGUGACUGUGGUGUGUGUCUGGGGCUCUGUGUGUGUGGCUGUGACCUUCCGUGGUUGUUGUGUGUGUGCGGUGUAUCUCAUCCCGUCAGACUUGUGCGUGUCCGAUUGUGACUUUGGAGUGUGUGUACAUGUGUCUAAGUCUCCUCAUGUGCAGACAGCUGUGAUCCUCCUUGGCUGUGUGCGUGUGAGAAUUUAUCUCGGAUACCAUCUGUGGUUCCAGGUGUCACUGUAAGUUGCCUGUGUGUUCAGUUGUGACUUUGUAGUGUGUGCGCAUGUGUCGGGGCUCUUUGUUUGUCGCUAUGACCCUCUGCCUCUGUGUGUGCUCUGAACCUGUUAGCUCUGUGUGCAAAUGUAAGUCACUUGUGUGUGUCCAUGUGUGACAUUUUUGUGUGUCUGGGGCUCGGUGAGUAUGCCUGAAUCCUUCUGGGGUUGUACCUUUAAUCUAUUUCUGAUUCCGUCUUUGUGUGAAAGUUCCUGUGUGUGUCUGACACUGUUGUCUGUGCCUGGGCUUCCAUGUGAGCAGCUGGGACCCUCUGGGGCUUUGUGUGCCUGUGUGAAGAGUAAGAGAGAGACCCCUUGUGGCUCAUAGUGAGCCUGGGACCCUCCCUCCUGAGACCUUGGGUGUACCCUUGACUCUCUGGAGCAAUAAUAGUAACUGACAUCGUUCCCCUGUUAUAGUUUAUAAAGCAUGUCCCAUGCAUGAUUUUAAUACCUGGCCGCUGUGUUGUCAAGGUGCGUCCACAACCUCUGGGGCUGCAUUAUUCCUGAGUCCUUCACAGCUGCUGAGUGUCAGGGCUCCCUGUCAGUCAGCCAUAGCAGCUGACACGUCCAUCCCUUGCCACAUAAGGGCAGGUUUUUGCUCUGUCUUCCCCUCCAGAUGGGGAACGCCAGGAGAGCUGAGCUGACCCUGGACUUAAUUUACCUGGGUUGGGCACGUGUUAGCCGGGGUCCUCUGUGACUGUUCUUUCACUGUGUGGUUCUCUGUGUAACUGUGGGAAUGUUACUUGCUUCCAAGUCUCUGAGACUUUCUUGUGCUUGUAUAUGUGAAGGUACCUGGGACUUCCCGUGGUUUUCUGUUUCUGUGCCCCUUUGCACCUGCCUGUGCGUGUGCAUGUGUGCACGUGUGUGUGUAACUUCUGGGACUUUGUGUGUGGCUGUAGCAUCCUGUGUGUGAUUGUGCUGGGACUCUGUGGCUUUAUGUGUGACUGCGAUAUACCUGUGAUGCUAUUGCUGGGGGUGUGAGGUGGGGGUGGGGGAGACUGUGACAGUAGCUGUGUGUGAGCCACAUCGAGGUUCCUUCUUGUGCAUAUCUACGUAUGCCUCUGCCCCUCUCGGACCAGAGGGAGUUGUUGGCCUGUUAGGCCCAGGAAGCCGGAGGUGAGGUGUCUGCAAUGGCAGAGCCCCAUUCUCUUCCAAGUCCCUCCAACCAUGUCACCAUGUUGGGCUCCUCCCUUCCUUCUGCCGAGCCUGCCUGAUUGGGCAGCCUCAGGGCUGUCAGGCUUGAAUGCUUCCUCUUUGUCCUGCCAAGGAGCAAGAUCUGGGGGCGCAGGCCAUGCCCUGUCUGUGUGUGUUGGACCUGUCCACAGGUGCCCUCCCCAAGACCUGCCACCAGAGAGUAGGAUGGGUGGAGGAGGGGUCUGCAUUUCAGACUAGAGAGGCAGGAAGGUGAGGCAGGGGAAGAAUAUGGUCACCCCUCCUUCAAACCCUUCUCAAGCUCACGGGGGCCCUCAGGGUGAAGCCCAAACCCCUGCCCAGGGCCUGUGGGUGGGCGUGUGGCCUCCUGUCCUCCUUCCCCAGCCCCACUGGCCACCUCACUCCUCAGACCUGCCAAAUUCAGUCCUGCCCAGGAACCCGAUGUUCCUGCCCCUGAAACAGUCUUCGCCGGCCCUUUGCCAGAUCUGCUCCUUGUCCUUGGGGCUCAGCUCAAGUGUGCCCUGCGCACCACCCCACCCCCACCCACUUAGUCCUCCUUUAUCUCUGUGGUCCUCAAACUUGAACUUGCAUUAGAAUCUCCUGGGUCCCACCCCCACUUCCUGAUUCAGGAGGUCUGCGGUAGGUUCCGGACUCUGCAUUUCUGACUUCCGGCAGCGCUGGGGCAGCUCCUGUGAGUGGCGCUGCCUUAUAGCACUGAGCAGUGUCCGAGAUCUUUGUCCUUAUUUACAUGUUCUCUUAGUGAUCGUCUCUGUUCCCCAUUCAGAAUGUCAGGUCCCUGCGGGCAGGUGUUGCAUCCGUCUUGUCUACUUCUUUGUCCCCAGUGCCUGGUGCAGGGCAGGUGCUCUGUGUGCACUUAGAGAGAGAAUGACUGCAGUUGGGGUCAGUUUGGGCUCCGAGCGCCAGGCUGAGGUGUUUGUGCGAUACCUGUUGCAGGCAGCGUGGCGCCUCGGCAGCAAGUGCACUGGGGUGGCGGCGGGGCUGUGUGCUCCGUUUUAGUCUGACAGCCCCUAGUAAACCAGGGUGCCUUCCGGGUGGCGGGCUUUAUGUAUGCAUGUCCUCCUCCAGACAGCCCUGUGAGGUGGAUGCUUCUGUGAUCCCCAUUAUACUCAAGAAGAAACUGAGGCACAGAAAGGUUCAGGCGCUGGCCCAAGGUCACACAGGGAAGUGGUCCAGCUGAGAUCUGCAGUGGCCUCAGCCUGCAGAGGGUUGGGCAAGUUGUACACUUGGUGGAGUCCACGUUCAGGGGGUGGGGAGGGCGCGAAUCACUCAGUUCACAAGAGCAGAAGCUCGCGGAGCACCUGCUGCGCGCCAGGCCUCGCUCUAGGCAGUGGGGUGCAGCUGGGAACAAACCCCCCUUCCCCUGUGAAGUAUACGUCCUGGUGUGGGAGGAUUUUAAACCAGAAAAUACAGAAAGUCAGGUGGAAGAAGUGCUGAGGAGAAAGCACCACUCCCCACUCUGGCCGGAGCACACCAAGCAGCUCCCCAUCUCUCCGUAAGCGGCUGCAGCUCUUGCCCCCAAGCCGACCCCCACCGGAGCCAGAACCGGGCACCAUGGUGGAGAAGGGGUCAGAUAGCUCCUCAGAGAAGGGUGGGGUGCCCGGGACACCCAGCACCCAGAGCCUGGGCAGCCGGAACUUCAUUCGCAACAGCAAGAAGAUGCAGAGCUGGUACAGUAUGCUGAGCCCCACGUACAAGCAGCGGAACGAGGACUUCCGGAAACUGUUCAGCAAACUCCCCGAAGCCGAACGCCUCAUUGUGGAUUACUCCUGUGCCUUGCAGCGCGAGAUCCUCCUCCAGGGCCGCCUCUACCUCUCCGAGAACUGGAUCUGCUUCUACAGCAACAUCUUCCGCUGGGAGACCACAAUUUCCAUCCAGUUGAAGGAGGUGACGUGUCUGAAGAAGGAGAAGACGGCCAAGCUGAUCCCCAACGCCAUCCAGAUCUGCACAGAGAAUGAGAAGCAUUUCUUCACCUCCUUUGGGGCCCGAGAUCGCUGCUUCCUCCUCAUCUUCCGCCUCUGGCAGAACGCGCUGCUUGAAAAGACGCUGAGUCCCCGCGAGCUCUGGCACCUGGUGCAUCAGUGCUACGGCUCAGAGCUGGGCCUCACCAGCGAGGACGAGGACUACGUCUGCCCCUUGCAGCUGAACGGUCUAGGGAGCCCCAAGGAAGUGGGAGAUGGAAUCGCCCUGAGCGACAUCACCCCCUCGGGGGCAGCUGACCACAGCCAGGAGCCAAGCCCGGCAGGUUCGCGCCGUGGCCGCGUCACCCCCAACCUUUCCCGAGCCAGCAGUGAUGCAGACCAUGGGGCAGAGGAGGACAAGGAGGAGCCGGCAGACAGCCAGCCAGACGCCUCCUCCAGCCAGACGGUGACCCCGGUGGCUGAACCCCCAAGCACAGAGCCCACCCCAUCUGACGGGCCUGCCUCCCUGGGCCCCUUGGAUCUGCUGCCCAGUGAGGAGCUGUUGACGGACACGAGUAACUCCUCCUCGUCCACAGGGGAGGAAGCCGACCUAGCGGCCCUGCUUCCCGACCUCUCCGGCCGCCUCCUCAUCAACUCCGUCUUCCACGUGGGUGCUGAGCGGCUCCAGCAGAUGCUCUUCUCAGACUCGCCCUUCCUGCAGGGCUUCCUGCAGCAGUGCAAGUUCACAGACGUGCGCUUGAGCCCCUGGACCGGGGACAGCAAGUGUCACCAGCGCCGGGUGCUGACCUACACCAUUCCCAUCAGCAACCCGCUGGGGCCCAAGAGCGCCUCGGUGGUGGAGACACAGACGCUGUUCCGGCGCGGCCCCCAGGCGGGCGGGUGUGUGGUGGACUCGGAGGUGCUGACGCAGGGCAUCCCUUACCAGGACUACUUCUACACCGCCCACCGCUACUGCAUCCUGGGCCUUGCCCGGAACAAGGCCCGCCUCCGGGUGUCCUCCGAGAUCCGCUACCGGAAGCAGCCCUGGAGCCUCGUGAAGUCUCUCAUUGAGAAGAACUCGUGGAGCGGGAUCGAAGAUUACUUCCACCACCUGGAGCGAGAGCUUGCCAAGGCCGAGAAGCUGUCUCUGGAGGAAGGCGGGAAGGAUGCGCGGGGGUUGCUGUCUGGCCUGCGCAGGCGGAAGCGGCCCCUGAGCUGGAGGGGUCACGGUGACGGGCCCCAGCACCCGGACCCUGACCCCUGCGCCCGGGCUGGCAUGCACACCUCGGGCUCCCUCAGCUCCCGCUUCUCGGAACCGUCCGUGGACCAGGGGCCCGGGGCAGGCAUCCCCAGCGCCCUGGUUCUCAUCAGCAUUGUCCUCAUCGUCCUCAUUGCCCUCAACGUCCUCCUCUUUUACCGCCUCUGGUCCCUGGAGAGGACAGCUCACACCUUCGAGUCCUGGCACAGUCUGGCCCUGGCCAAGGGGCCCUGCGUCCCCCACAGCAAGUUCCCCCAGACGGCCACCGAGUGGGCGGAGAUCCUGGCCCUGCAGAAGCAGUUCCACAGCGUCGAGGCGCACAAGUGGAGGCAGAUCCUGCGGGCCUCCGUGGAGCUCCUGGAUGAGAUGAAGUUCUCGCUGGAGAAGCUGCAUCAAGGCAUCACCGUCUCGGACCCUCCUUUCGACUCCCAGCCACGGCCCGAUGACAGCUUCUCCUGAGGACACCUGGCCACUCAGCCAUCCCCCCAAAUGGACAGAUGGACACAGAGGCUCGGUGGCCACUGCUGGCACGGUGUGAGCGCCAGAAGCCUCCCGCCCACCCCUCCCAGUGGCCCGGCCAGGGGCCACGCAGACAUGGGGACCACAGAACCGAGAUGCACUUUAGACCAAUGCGUGCGAGUCCAGCUGUCGUCACCUGCCUCGCCAGGGAGCUGGCCUGGCCUUUGGUGGGCGCCCCACUAACUUAUUGUGCCCGGCUGGGGUUGUGGGGGGUGCCUUCAGGGUACGUGAUUCCCUCAGCUCUGGGUUUAAUGUAUUAUAUUUAUUUGGGGCUGACAGAGCCCCAAUAAAGGGUUGGAAAUGGC